AAACGUUUCUAGGGUGGACAGAACUGCGCCGGUCUACUAGAAUCUCCCGCCAUUUCAACUGGAACUUCACCUCCUGAUUGAUCCAGGUUCUCGGUGUCUGAAGAUGCCCACACCGUUAUAUGAUAACUAGGAGAUUCAAUUGUUUAUUUUUUUCCACGGCAAGGAUUAUCAUUUGGGCGAGGAUUCUCCUGGUUCACUCGGAGUGAAGCGCCAAAAAGACGUGCUGCCGAAUCGUGAUUUUGCCGCGAGUUUGAUUCUGUUGUGGGCUGGAUUUUGACAUGAUCGACCUGAGGACGUCGUAAGUCAACACUAUAUCGAGGUUGCCCGCAGUGUCAAACUUAGGUAUAGUGCGAGGACGCGGAGUAUAAGAAGCGCAAAUAAUGCAAUGAGGCGCCUUGGAAGAAGCGCGUUGUUGUUGUUUUGCAACGACAUAGCAACUCAGCGUACUAGUUAGCCCGUUAGCUGCCACACGUUGAGCUCCGGGCCUACCGGCUGCGCGCUUUAUUGCUGGGCUUUUGGUGUAUGUGACGGACCUAUUUUUGAGGACUAUCCAGCCUGCGUGUUAGAGGGGUUGCGUAAGUUGAGCACGAGCUGUUAAUUCGCCAUGGCACCGCUUCUGGGCCGUAGACCUUAUCCGCUGGCUAAGCCCCUAGCUGAGCCACCAGGCCCGGGAGAGGAGGUGUACAUCAUCGAGCACACGAAGGAGGCCUUCAGGAACAAAGAUGAAUAUGAGGCGCGAUUGAGUAGGUACAGUGAGCGUAUCUGGACAUGCAAGAGCACUGGCAGUCUCCAGCUGACGCACAAAGAAGCAUGGGAGGAGGAACAAGAAGUCACAGAACUGCUGCAGGAGGAGUAUCCAGUGUGGUUCGAGAAGCCCAUAUUGGAGAUGGUCCACCACAACACAGUGUCGCUAGAUAAACUGGUUGAAAUGGCUUGGAUGGAGAUUUUAACCAAAUACGCUGUUGGAGAAGAGUGUGAUUUCGUGGUUGGGAAGGACAAAACCCUGCGCGUCAAUGUGGUUAAGAUUCACCCUUUAGAAAACCCAGAGGGUGAGGCUGGUGAGAAGAAACUUGAAGGUGCCUGUGACUCACCAUCUAGUGACAAAGAAAACGCCAGUCAGGAGAAUCAGAAGAAGGAGCCUGCACCCAGAGAGGAAGACAACAGAAGAGAGAGUCUCAGUGACAGAGCUCGACGUUCCCCACGAAAAAGUACCACUGCCACCAAGGAAGAAAAGAAGAGAUGGGUGAUGCCAAAAUUCCUCCCUCUUAAAUAUGACGUGAAGCUUGUCAGUGAGGACAAGGUGAUCAGUGACGUUCCAGCUGACAGCCUUUUCAGGACUGAGCGUCCGCCUACCAAGGAGAUCAUCCGCUACUUCAUCAGGCACUACGCUCAGAGAUUAGGUAUGGGAGAGAGUGCCCCCUGGGUGGUCGAAGAUGAGCUUGUGAAGAAGUUCAGUCUACCUAGUAAAUUCAGCGACUUCCUGCUUGCACCUCACAAGUUUUUAGCUGAGAAUCCUUCAGCAAAGCGCAAGAGCUUGACAUCUCCUGGCGGCCGAGGAAACAAAAAGUUGAAGACGUCUGAUUCCCAUGAUGAUUCUGGAAAUGAGAAAGGUGAGGAGAAGAAGGACUCUCAAGGAAUGCCCCUCAGUCCUACCAUGUGGAGCCAAAUGCAGAAAAUAAAAAUAAAUCGUUCUCCACUCAAGGCCAAGACUCCAGGAUCACAGAAGAAAGACAGUAAAAGUGUUGGGCCUUCAACUCCAAAGUCUGGGAAGAAGCCUGGAGACAAGAAAGACGCUAAGAACUCGCGAAAGCGUAGUGAUAAGAAGCUUGGUAUAUUGACUAAAAAAGAUGGAAAAGUAGGUCCGAAGUCUCCUAAGAUGAAACAGAUGACAUUGUUACAUCUAGCGAAAAGCCCCUCGUCUGGUAGUCCUAAGAAGCGUGCGAGAAGUAGCAGCUUGGGCACAGCAAAACUUGGAAAACCAUUACCUCCAAUGGCUCUACACCUAGUUCGCUAUUACAAAGAACACAAGGACAAGCCGGACAAGAAGAACACUCUUUCAUCCCUCAUCACGAAAAGCGCCAAAAACUUGUCUGCGGAUGACAGGAACAGAUUACCAGAGGAGCUCAGGGAGCUUGUGCAGAAGCGCUAUGCCUUUUUGGAGGGGAAGAAGCGAAGGGCAGCCAUGACGGAUGAGGAGAAGCAUGCAGAAUUAAGACAAAAAUUGCGAGAAAGAGCAAAGGAACGACGUGAAAAAGAGAUGCUUGUCCGUCUGGAGCAGUCCCGUAGAUAUGAAGACCAGGACAUCGAUGAUGGCAAAACUCUGCCCACGUUCAAGCUGGUGGACAUGCCCGAGGGCUUACCCAACACUCUGUUUGGGAGUAUUGCAAUGGUGGUGGAUUUCCUCAACUGUUAUUCUGGACUUCUCAUGCCUGACAAUCCCCAUCCCAUCACAGCGGUGGGGCUGAUGGAAGCCCUGGCUGGCGGUCGUUCUGGCUUCCAGUACAUAAACAAGAUGAUGGUGGUGCUACUUCAGACUCUGUUGCAGGACGAGCUAGCUGAGGGCUACAGUGAGCUCGACAUGCCGUUAUCGGAGAUCCCUCUGACUGUGCACUCUGCUUCUGAGCUUGCCAGACUAUGUCUGCGUCCAUGUGACGCGCAUGGCGAAGAGAGCGCUCAGGGCUCGGUCGAGUCUGGGGGCUUGGGUGACUUUGACGACGUGGUGACCAGUGAAUUCCUGGAGAAACUUGAAACGGUGGAGGUUUUUGAGCUGAGCCCCGAGGAGAAGGUCAAUAUACUAGUUGCACUUUGCCAUCGUAUCCUCAUGACCUACUCUGUAGAAGACCACGUAGAAGCAAUCCAUCAGCGCUCAGCUGAGCUGUGGAAGGAGCGUCUGGCCAUGCUCAAGGAAGCCAACGAUCGGAAAAAGGCUGAGAAACAAAAACAGAAGGAAGAAGGCGAGAAGAAGAAAGAGGUCAAAGAGACCAAGAAGGAGAAGGAAGUAAAGGUGGAGCCUCCAACUGAGCCUGAGGACAUGAUUAGCUCAGUAAAGAGCCGUCGCCUCAUGUCUAUGCAAGUCAAGAAGGAGAAGGAAGAACUGGAAAGACUGAAUAAAGAACGCAUGGAGCGUGAGGCCGAGGAGGAGCGCCAGCGUAAGCAGCGGGCUGCGACAGAGAGGGCCUUCCAGGAUGGGAUAACCAAAGCCAAACUGCUUCUGCGCCGGGUGCCUCUGGGGACAGACAGAAAUCACAACAGGUAUUGGCUCUUCUCUAACGAAGUUCCCGGUUUGUUCAUUGAGAAAGGCUGGGUGCAUGAAAGCAUUGACUACAGCUUCACACCACCACCUGAAGAAAAACCUGCUGAGACAAAUGAAGAUGAGGAUUCUGAGUCGGCAUCUGUUCAUGAGUCUCAAGGAACUGACAAGGAUGACUGUAGUGUGGAUGAGGCCGUGAGUGAUGGUGCCCAGCAGGGGGCAGCAGCAGACAUCUGUGUCGAGACAACAAUCCCAAAGCAAGGACAAAACCUUUGGUUUGUGUGCGAGAGUGAAGAACAGCUCGCCAAUUUGUCCGACAGCCUUCAUCCUCAGGGAGUCAGAGAGAGUGACCUGAAGACAAAGAUUCAGAGCUUGUACCCAACAAUCACCCACUCCAUUAAUAUUAGCACAAAGCACAAACUGGGCCUCAACCCGUGUAAUCAGGAAGUGGAUCUGAUAAGCUUCAUCCGCAGUGAUAUUCAGGAAGUGGCAUCACGCCUUCAAAAGGGAGGGCUGGGAUACCUGGAUGAUGAUGUAGACCUUGAAGAACAGUUGAAGGAUGUUAACAGCCUGAAGGAAUUUGGGGAGUUCAUAAUCACCAUCCAGGCCUGUGUAAUUAAAAAGUUCCUUCAGGGAUUCAUGGCACCAAAGCAGAAAAAGAAGAAAAAAACAGGAGAAGAGAGUGCAAAAGCUGAAGAAGUGGAUGAGGAGAAGAGGCUUACAGAUGAGGCCAAGGUGGCAACGGCAGUGGAAAAGUGGAAAAAUGCCAUCCGUGAAGCUCAGACGUUUUCAAGGAUGCACGUGCUGCUCGGAAUGCUGGACGCCUGCAUCAAGUGGGACAUGUCUGCAGAGAAUGCACGCUGCAAAGUCUGCCGCAGGAAAGGUGACGAUGAGAAGCUCAUCCUUUGCGACGAGUGCAACAAAGCUUUCCACUUGUUCUGCUUGCGACCUGUUCUGCAUCGUAUACCUGCGGGCGAGUGGAGAUGUCCGGCCUGCCAUCCCAGUGAGGCUAGACGAGGCUCCAGGUCCAGGAACUAUAAUCAAGACACAGAAGAGGAGGAUGAAGAUGAGUCCGAGGAGGAGGACUCGGAAGAGGAUGAAGAGGAUGUGGAUGAUGACUCCAGAGCUAUUGGUCACAGCUUGAGACCACGGAAGAAGAAUCACAAGUCGUCGUCUCGACAGAAAAGUUCGAAACCAAAAUCCAAGAAAGGUUCCAGCAAUCACAGCAGCAAGCAGAAGGGUGGCCCCAACAGUCCUGCCGACAUCGAUGAGCUGGUGCGACAAAGUUCCCGGUCGGGGCUGAGCAAGCAGGCUCGGGAGCUGGAACGCUGCGAGGAAAUCAUCAAGAAGCUCAUGAAAUUCCGUUACAGCUGGCCCUUCAGGGAGCCUGUUUCGCUGGAUGAGGCUGAGGACUACUUGGAAGUCAUCACGCAGCCGAUGGACUUCCAGACCAUGCUGGGCAAGUUUGGCCAGAACUCGUACCGCCACGCCCAGGACUUCAUGGAAGACGUGAAGCUGAUCUUCUCCAAUGCUGAGGAGUACAACGACCAAGGCAGCACUGUCCUCAACUGCAUGGCCAAGACGGAGCAAAGCUUCGUGGAGCUGCUCCAAAAACUGCUGCCUAACGUCAACUACCUCCGAAGACACUCGCGCAAGCGCACCAGCAAAGCUCAGGAAACAUCGGACGAAGAGGAAGACGAAGAAGAAGAAGAAGAAGAGGAGGAGGAAGCAGUGGAGGAUGAGGAUCAGGACGAGGAGGAAGAGCCAGAGAAAGAAAAGCAAAAGAAAAUGCAAAACGGCAAAUCAAAUGGAAAGAAAUCGACCAACGGGCGACGGCGGGCUGCUGUGGAGAGUGAGAGCGAGGAGGAAGAGGAGGAGGAUGUCGGUCGGAGGAAAAGCAAAAGGACUUCUGCCACUUCAGGCAAGAAGCAGUAUAAGGAGCAGGAGAGCGACGAGGAGCGGGAUACGCGCAGAACAAGGUCACGGAGAGGUCGAACUGACACCACCGGGGGUGAGAGCAGCGAGGAGGAGCCGCUCAACCGACAGCGACAUUCCAAGAGGCUGAAACGCUGAUAGAGUCCUGGCCUGUUUUUCUCUCUCUAAUAAGAGUGUAGCCCUUCUGCCUCUCAGGACAACCCUCAUUAGGAACAACGUACCCUGGAUAUUUUUUUUUGUCAACAAAAACAUUUAUAUUUGUAAAAAAACAAAAAAAUU